AUAAUAACAUGUUUUUGUAGCUUAAAAUAUUUUUCUUGUUCCAUUCAGAAUAAAAUGGCUAAAAUUCAUUCAUCAUUUCAUCAUUUUAUUUUCACUCUCUUCAGAAGACGUUUUAGAACGAAGGCGAAGGAAAAUUAUGCAUUAAUGAAACCACAAAAUGAACAUUCAAAAGAGCGAAUGCCUGUAAGAAAGCUGAACAACAAACCUCGUAAUCAUCGUGAUUAUCAUGUUUCGCGAAAAAUAAAACCAAAUCGCAUCAGUUUGAGGAACUUCCGAAGUAGAAAAGGCAUUAAAAUCUCAGACAUCACAUUCCCUCCUCAAACGUCAAACGCCUUGCUAGCUCGCUAG